AUGACUCUGAAGUCCGCGAAGAUUGACGAGAAGAGUUGCGGCGGCUACGCUUCGCCUAGUGAGAAGUGGGCGGCAUCAUCUUUUACUUGUUCAUGCUACCUUCUUGGCCUUGAACACGAUGAUCCUGCUCGUCAACAAGCCAUUGCGACCAAUAUUGACCUCGCAAUUACGUCCUUGUCCCGAAAAAAAGAGACGAUUGCGAAUCCGACACCGCACGUUGACUCCGCUUCAUCUUGGGCGCUAUGGUGUCAGCGUCAGUAA